AUGCGAGCAGAAGCCGAGACGCCAGCACACAGCCAGUUAGUGGAUCCUGCAGUAUCUGCCAUUAAUAUUGUCUCAAGCAAAGAAAAAAUUGGCAACCCAGAUGCAGAACGACGCCAACCCGAAAACAACCCCGGCAUCAUCUCCAACCCAGGACCCCUCAACCAACACACUCCAUCGCCUCCGCGGUGUACAGCGGCGGCCCAUCCAGCUUUUCGACAACGCCGUGACCAACGACCGCACCUGCCUCCGCAUCCAUCGCAGGACUCCGCGCAUCGCACGCAAUCUCCGCGACAGAAACCGUCGUCUCCCUUCUCCUCUCCGUCCCUCUUGAACCCGAAGCUGCGCAUUUUCUUGUUCACGACCGAGACCUGGGAGAAGAGCGCUUCCUUCUUCGUCGGCUUCGGCUCCGCGGCCGGGCACGCAUCGACGGAAGGGGCGGGUGGUUCGGUGGCGGUUGGUUCUAUGGAGACCACGGGGGUGUCGUGGGUGAUCUCGACGGCGGUGUUGAGAUCCUCGGGCUGCGAAGGUGCUGCGAUGGUGUUGGUUGGUGCUGGGGCGGGGACGGGUUUUCUGGCGAUACUGUGCGAGACGAUGACGGGUUCGGUGGUCUUUUCAGGAGUCUGUGUGCGUUCCAGAGAAGACUCUGCAACUUCUACCUCUUCGGCAACGUCAGCCUCCUCAGUCUCAGUGUCAACAUCAAUUUCUUUCGUCUCGACCAGCUCCUUCGUCUUGAACAGGUCCUUCUUCUUCACAUAG